UUCAAAAAUUAUGUGAAUUUCACAGACUAUGGAAGGAAGGAAAAGUAAUGCAGAUACAACAGCAAAUUAGCUCAGCUCCUAUAGGAAGGUUUACACCUUUUGUCAAAAGCAAAGCAUCAGCAGCUGAUAAUGAUAGUGAUGACAGUGACAAUGAUGGGGAACAAUUGAGGGGUACUGAAGUUCCCUGUAAUGGCCAUCAUAAGGGUGACAGAUCAAACAGUUCAACCAUGAGUCAGCAAUUUAACGGACUUAACAUCUCAGAGAAUAGUGCACAAAGUCAGCCCGGCUGCACACAAACAGGAGCAACGGGAAAUGAGAUGUCAAGUGAGCAUUUACCCGUUCAGUCAAUAAACCAAGGUGAAGAGGAAGAAGGAUGGGAAGUGGUUCGACGAUCGAAGAAACGUUAAACGAAGUGCCUCAACUUCUUACGUAUGGAUUUCAAAAGUGAAAAAUAAAGAAUUAAAAAGGAGAUUUGUUGUACUGACGAAGU